ACCACUUUGCUCUGACGUCCGUCUCCAGAGCUCUGACGAUCGCCCCCGCCCGCCACGCUUAUAUAGAGACUUUUCCCAAUACUCCUUGCCCCUCGCAGCCCUCGCCGGGCUCCCCAUCGACCCCCUCCACUCACCCUGAACCUCCCAACCUCGCUGCCCCGCACAGCCGCGGGAUCAGGGGGCGCCCGGACCCCCAGAGCAGCUCCGGGUGACGCCCAGAAGGCUUGAUGAAGUAACCUACUGUGGAAGGACCUGCACAUUACCUUAAAUAAAAAUGGCUUUCCAUGUAGAAGGACUGGUGGCAAUCAUCCUGUUCUACCUCCUUAUAUUUCUGGUUGGAAUAUGGGCUGCCUGGAAAACCAAAAACAGCGGCAAUGCAGAAGAGCGCAGCGAAGCCAUCAUAGUCGGGGGUCGAGACAUUGGUUUGUUGGUUGGUGGCUUUACCAUGACAGCCACCUGGGUUGGAGGAGGUUACAUCAAUGGGACAGCUGAAGCAGUUUAUGGACCGGGCUGUGGUCUAGCAUGGGCUCAGGCACCCAUUGGAUAUUCUCUGAGUCUGAUUUUAGGCGGUCUGUUCUUUGCAAAACCUAUGCGUUCCAAGGGAUAUGUGACCAUGUUAGACCCGUUUCAGCAGAUCUACGGAAAGCGCAUGGGUGGGCUGCUGUUCAUUCCUGCACUGAUGGGAGAGAUGUUCUGGGCUGCAGCAAUUUUCUCUGCGUUAGGAGCCACCAUCAGCGUGAUCAUUGAUGUGGAUGUGAACGCAUCGGUCAUCGUCUCUGCACUCAUUGCCAUUCUUUACACCCUGGUGGGCGGGCUCUACUCUGUGGCGUAUACUGAUGUUGUGCAACUCUUCUGCAUCUUUAUAGGACUGUGGAUCAGUGUGCCCUUUGCCCUGUCACAUCCUGCAGUCACCGACAUUGGAUUCACUGCUGUACACACCAAAUACCAGAGUCCUUGGCUGGGAACCAUUGAACCAAUUGAAGUCUACACCUGGCUUGAUAAUUUUCUGUUGUUGAUGCUGGGUGGAAUCCCUUGGCAAGCCUACUUCCAGAGGGUUCUGUCUUCAUCCUCAGCCACCUACGCUCAGGUGCUGUCCUUCCUCGCAGCGUUUGGGUGCCUGGUGAUGGCUCUACCUGCCAUAUGCAUAGGAGCCAUUGGAGCCUCCACAGACUGGAACCAGACUGCGUAUGGGUUUCCAGAUCCCAAGACCAAGGAGGAAGGAGACAUGAUUCUCCCGAUCGUGCUGCAGUACCUCUGCCCUGUGUACAUUUCCUUCUUUGGGCUUGGGGCUGUUUCUGCUGCUGUGAUGUCCUCAGCCGACUCUUCCAUCCUAUCUGCGAGUUCCAUGUUUGCUCGGAAUAUCUACCAGCUUUCCUUCAGACAAAAUGCAUCAGACAAAGAAAUUGUGUGGGUCAUGAGGAUCACGGUGUUUGUGUUUGGAGCAUCUGCAACAGCCAUGGCCUUGCUGACGAAGACGGUGUAUGGGCUCUGGUACCUGAGCUCUGACCUCGUCUACAUCAUCAUCUUCCCACAGCUGCUCUGUGUCCUCUUCAUCAAAGGAACCAACACUUACGGGGCUGUUGCAGGUUACAUUUUUGGACUUUUCCUGAGAAUCACUGGAGGAGAGCCAUAUCUGUACUUGCAGCCCCUAAUCUUCUACCCUGGUUAUUACUCUGACAAGAAUGGUAUAUACAAUCAGAGAUUCCCCUUUAAAACACUCUCUAUGGUUACCUCAUUCUUGACCAACAUUUGCGUUUCUUAUCUAGCCAAAUACCUAUUUGAAAGUGGAACCUUGCCUCCGAAACUCGAUGUAUUCGAUGCCGUCGUCUCGAGGCACAGUGAAGAGAACAUGGACAAGACUAUUCUAGUCAGAAAUGAGAACAUCAAAUUAAAUGAACUUGCACCUGUGAAGCCUCGACAGAGCCUAACCCUCAGCUCAACUUUCACCAAUAAAGAGGCCCUCCUUGAUGUUGAUUCUAGUCCAGAGGGAUCUGGAACUGAAGAUAACUUACAAUGACCCCAUCAAAACCAUACAGAACAGAGCGUUGCUGUAGGAUAGUCCUGGAAAGAAGGUUUGGAGCAUAUCUAACACAUAUUAAAAAUAUAAAUGUUUAGAGGGGAAAAUAUUUGCAGGAAUAAAGAAGUUAUAAUGGACGAGUUCAGAAAAAAAAAUAAUUGCACAGUGAGAAGGAAGGAAGUGUGAAAGCAACAGUUUUAUUUCUCAUCACAGGACUUUUAGUUUUAAAUAGCUUUGUUAAGCAUAUAAAAGUGAGUAAAGCCCCAGCCAAAGAAAAUGGCCAAAUAUUACUUAUCUUUAUUAUGGAAAGAGGAAGUAUCUAUUAACGAGCCCAUGGAAAGGAGACUGAAUGGUUCUGAUCAUCUUUGCUGGCUAAUGCUCUGGACAUCAGUUUAAUUGCUACAACACAUAGACUGCAUUGAUUUGCAACCACUACUGUAAACGAUGCAGUGAGUUAAUCAAUUUACUUCUCUCCAUGUAUGGAUUAGCCUGCUCUUCCAUGAUUUGAAUGUGACAUUUGCUCAGUUUCCAGUGUGCACUCUCUUACUUACUUACCCUUUCUUGCUCUUCUGCAUGAUCUCUCUCUCUCUCUCUCUCUCUCUCUCUCUCUCUCUCUCUCUCUCUCUCUCUCUCUCCAUCCAUCCUUCCAUCCAACCAUCCCUUCGUCUCUCUGUCCCCUUCUCCAUGUUUCUCCCUCCCUCUCUCCACUCACUCUUUCCAAACUCUCCCUCUCUUUCUCUCUUCUAAUUUUGUUUUUGUGUGGUGCUGGAGAUCUAACACAACAGGGCCUUUCACAUGCUAGGUAAGGGCUCGCCUACUGAGCUACACACCCAGCUCCACAAUUUGUUGUGUUUUUUUUUUCAGUGAGGCCAUAUAUUAUUCUAAGCACAAGCAACACAAACAAAAAUUUAUUUAAUAGAGACAUUUUAUGUGUAAAUGAUGGAAAAUAGAGUCCAUGUUGGGAUGGGAAAAAAAAGCACUGAACUCUUUGAGGACGUCCACAAUUGCCAUAUGCUCAAAGAAAAGUGCCCGAAGCAAAGCAUGGAAGGUUAUUGGGCAGCAUUACAGCAAUAAGUCUAGAAGAAAAUUAAGAAAAGGGGAAGAGGAAAAACAUAUUUCUAUCUCCAGCUCUAGUAUAUUAAGUAUUGUCACACCUUACAAAUAUAGUGUCUUGGCUUAUUUUCCAAGUCAGUCCUGGAGACAAAGUUGAGCCAUAUGUAAAGAAAGGCCAUUGUCUAACACCUGUUGCAGGUGAUGAUUACUGCAACAGCUUGCAUUCACUGCAUAUUUAUUACCAGCCAUUCCCAAACAACUCACAGAGAGACUGGACAACAAACCCCACUCAUUUCUGGACAUUCAUGAAUAGAAUAGUUUAGUGUUAAGGAUCUGCUCCGGGCCCUUUUACACAUAAGCCACUUUUAGGGGCUGGAAAGAUCCCCACAAGUGUAUAUACUGAAUUUCAAAAUGUCAUAGAAAACAAAAAAGUAAAAACAAAUCCUAAAGAGAAGAAGCCAUCAUUUUAAUAUCUUGUGUGCACAUGACUUUCCAGAGGUCAAUGGUUAAAUGUAAUUCUGUUCCUGUUUGUAGUAUUCAGCAUUAAGUACAAACCUUGUGCUCCGAGCCCUAGAACUCUUGUCUAUAGGUUACAAUUGGAACUGUCUCAAAUCAUGAACAGGCAGACCUCCUUUGUUUGAAACAUGUGGCUUAAAAUCCCAGUGUGAUUUUCAAACUGUGAAGUUAAAUGAUUUUACAUAUUGGAAUGUUCUCUUUUUCAGUGUUAUCUCAAUACUUGAGCCUCUUCAGUGAAUCAUGUAUACGCUUAAGGAAUAGAGAAUUCCUUCAUCUACCAGUCUUGUACUUGCAAGUGUGGAGUCUGAGAUUCUCAAUGUGGGGUGAGAAAAGAGUCAAGGAAAACACAGACCAAAAAAGAUAAAACUUAGCAUAAAAAAGUAUUAAGGACAGGGAUGCAAUUUCUGGUGAAUAUGGUAUCUCAGACCCACCAGGUCUCCCAGCACAGACAAAAGAGUGAAUUUUGCCUGCCUCAUCAUCACAUGUCCUCCCUCAGAUGGCUGAGGUAUGUGCUUCCAUUAUGCAUGUCAUUAAGCCUUACUCGUACUGUAGAGCCCACAGCGAAGUAGGCUCUUUUCACAGACAUUACAUUGUAAUGUUCUUAGUCAACAAUUGUCCAAAUAACCUUAUGUAAUUACAGUGAAAAAAUAAUAUUAAUGGUAAUUAGGAGAGAAACAUUUGCCUUACCUCAGAAUACUAAAGCUAAAUAGAGUAUAAACUAAUAAACAGUGUAUUUUUGUUUUGUUUUUGAAGCACCAGUACACACUAUCAAAGCAGUUACCAAAAAUCACAUACCCAUUAAACUUGCUAAAGAGAAGUAAGAUGAUAUUUAAAGUAUUAAAAUAUCAAAAGGUUGAAUGAAGAAUCCCAAGACAUUCAUCAUGCACUCUGGCAUGAUUUCUCCCUGAUUUCCAAGCAAGGGAAUAAGAUUCAAGUUGCCGAAGGUGUGCUCUGUUUUGGCAUGGAGACAUCUGUAAGUUAUUCCAGACUCAUGCAGUUGACCUCAUUUUCAAAUUCAUCCCCAGUGAAAUCAAAAUAGCCCAGGUGUUUCACUCUCACUUGGGAGGUAAUACCCUUACAUAGCAUCAGAACAAGAUAGGAGUUUUACUUCUACACUUUACCAAUGAUUGCACCAUAUUUCUUAGGUAAAUUGUGUUCCCCUCCACAUGUUCAGAACAUCAGGCUUGUAGCUGGAGUGAUAUUUCAACAAGCUGUCAAGUGCUCAGUGCCAAAUCCAAUUUCAUUGCUAUACUUAAAGUAAUGAAUUUUAUGUGAAUAUCAUAUGAAUGUAAGCUUGAAAUGAGUGGAUUUACUAUAAUAUGUAUAGAAAUUUUUAUUUGUAAAUAAUGAAUUAGCAUUAUAUUUUAAACAUAAAUCAUCAUUUUCCUUUUUAUCCUUCUACAAAAUUUACUCUGAUAUCAUGUAUAAUUUAUUCUAAGUUUGCCAUAAUGUAUGUUUGCUACUGCAUAGACAAAUGCAUAUAAUGGUUCCAAAACCUAUAUUUUUAUCUGUCAAAAUAUUAUACAGAAUUAUACUCAUAAUAAGUAGAUUUACAAGUAUAUAUGUAUGUGUUUAAAUGUGAUGAUAUUGUAUUAAAUUAUGCCAUUGUAAUUCAA